CAUCAUGAUGAUUCAGAUCAUCACCUGCCACUGGUCUCUGUAGCGUCCAACUAGAGCAUCCAUCGAACAGAAACAUUUCAUACGACUGUCAGUUUCUUUCAAACAUUAUCAGUCAAUCAGUGACCGCUCAUCAGAAACGAUGGCUAUAGCUGUAAUUAACACCGCAGCGGCACUCAUUAAUAUAAAUUAAAGGCGUUUGUCUAUGUUUACAAUCAGCUUCAGUUUUGUUCUAUCUGUGGUGUAGAGCUGAUCAUGGCUGCAUUCUUCGCCCAGAUUUUCGCAGCGAUUCUUAUAGUGGUGUCAUCUGUAAUACCGCAAACCAGUUGUCGCUACAACGGAAAAUACCGAGGCUCUGGCAGUCGUCUGAUCGAGCAUAUCACCACAACCAACUUCAGCGGCGCAAACUUGCCUGCUGAAUCCCAGUUGGAAUUUCGGAAAUGUCAUUUCCCAUCCUUUGGACCAAAUCUGUUCCAGGCCUUGGAUCCAGCGAUAAAGCGGGUCACAUUCCGUAAAGGUUCGGUGCGGGACGUCAUCGUUGACUGGAGUGUUCAGCUGGAAGGACUGCAGAUCAUCGACACCGGUUUAGUCGAGCUGAAGGCUGCGUCGGACGAACCGAACUACCACCUGAAACAGCUGACCAUUCGUUCGAAGAGGUUUUCCGAGUGGUCUCCCACCUUGGCCUCGUUGAGGAUGCUGGAAGAGAUUGACGUAGCUUAUUGCAACUUGUCCUAUCUGAACGUGCAGUGGUUCGAAGGAUACGAUCGUCUUAAAGUUUUGGAUGUCUCGAAAAACAGGUUGAGUGUAUUUGACGUGAGACAAUCGAGCAUUCCGGCACUAGAGAGGCUGCACCUUUGGGGAAAUCGUUUGGAGCAGCUGCACAGGUUCCCGGAAGCUUUUCCAAAACUGAAGAAAGUAACACUGGCUCAAAAUCAGUGGCUUUGCCGGUGGGUUGGGAACGUUCGGGGCAUGAUAUUGACACAAGGUGUUGAACUGAUGGAUAUGGAUGGAGUGUGUCCGAUAGGGUGGGAGAUCAAUGGUGGAUUGUGUUGCAAGCGUGGAAAGCAUGCGGAGGACUUAGAAUCUAAGCGGAAAAGUCGCAGUCAAACUUCAGUGCUAAUCGACCGGGAAAUUGUUGGAAUGCACGGAUCAGUGAUAGGCAUGAAGUAUGGUAAUACAAUUGUGUAUGUCGAUGAACCUCUUCCAAUAUCAUGAUGUUAAGAAAUUCCGUGAAGUUAUGAUUAGCAAAAUACGAGUAUUUUUAUGUAAAGUUACAAUAAGUCUUAAAUAUGAAACAUUAAAA